UGAAGUAUUACAGUAAACUUAGACUAACACACGUGCGUUGGGCUUUUGGCUGUGUGAUAAGAAUAUCAAACACUUCUGACGCACCGGAGAUUGUAUAGAAAGAAACCCACGUCCCUAGAUAGUUCUGGGAUAGCUUAUCGUCUGGAGGGAGCGCGUAUGACGCGAUAAAAUGCAACACGACGAGGUAAUAUGGCAGGUUAUUAAUCAAGGGUUUUGCUCCUACAAAACAAAGACUGAAACAAAGACAUUUUGCCGUAAUGAGUACAACUCAACAGGGCUAUGUAAUCGACAGUCAUGUCCUCUGGCAAACAGUAGAUAUGCAACUGUCAGAGAACAUGAUGGGGUUUGCUACUUGUACAUUAAGACUAUUGAGCGAGCACACUCACCUGCCCAGUGGUGGGAAAAGAUCAAGUUAAAUAAAAACUAUGAAAAAGCCCUAGAACAGAUCGACAAGCACCUGUUAUACUGGCCCAACUUCUCCAUUCACAAGUGUAAACAGAGAUAUACAAAGAUUGUGCAAUACAUUAUCCGAAUGAGAAAACUCAGGCUGAAAACAAGUAAAAAGCUAGUCACAGUAAACAAGAAGGUGGAGCGCAGAGAGAAAAGGAAAGAGGCAAAAGCCCUAGUAGCUGCUCAACUGGAGAAUACAAUUGAGAAGGAACUGUUGGAUAGAUUAAAGCAAGGAACUUAUGGUGAUAUCUAUAAUAUUGAGACCGAGGCUUUUGAAAAUGCCCUAAAGAAGAUAGAAGUAGAUUCAGAAGAUGAACAAGACAAAGAAGAGGAGGAAGAGGAGGAGGAAGAGUCAGAAUUUGUAGCGGAAGAUGAAGUGGAUGAGAGUGAUCUUAGUGAUAUUGAGGAUUAUGAAGGAGAAGAGGAAUCAGGAGAAGAGGAGAUGGAAGAGGAAAAACCCAAAAGUAAGAGGCAGAGACCAAGAGUAGAACUGGAGUAUGAAGAAGAAAAUGUACCAAGGAAAGCCAAAGUAAAAGCUUGAAGAUCCAGUGUUUAUUUUACUUAGAAUUUACACACAGGACAAGCAGGAUCACUGAACCUUUUUUGGUCAAGCAACUGCAUUCAUUUGUAAUAAGCCAAGUUUUGAUAAACACCUUACAUUAAGAACAAUACAAAUGAUUUAUACAUAUUGCUACAUACUGUACACUGACAAACUCUGCCUUAUACAGUAUUAACACAAUCAAGUUAGAUAUGCAUUAUAGUAUUUAAAACCAGUAGUUAUAGUAUGCAAAACCAAUGAGACAAUGGGUUCAACAUUUGUGUGAAAAGGAUUGUUGGCUUAUUAAGACAUUGCAGACAUCUUGGUCUUGUUCUUUCCAGCAAAACAUGUUCAUUAGUCAGGGGGGGGGGGGGGGGGCAGUGAACCGCCCCACUCAGCUGGAAGGUCUACUCUAUUAUGAUCAAUAUGGGUAAACAUGAUCAAUAAUGGGUAAAUGACUGUGUAAGACAUAUAAAGGGGAAAACGACUGCCCCACUCUAAAUCCUGGUUAUGGCAUUGAAAAAAAUCUCUUCUAGCUCUGCCAACCUUUAAACCCAAGUCUCCCACUUUUUUUGUGACUUAACAUAAGAGUAGUCCUGCUACUCAUUAAAGCAUGAGUAGUAAAUACUGUGUAGUGUAGCCCAUCUUAUCAAACAACAACAACAACAAGCCAGAGUAGGGUCAAAGGGGCCAGCAGCUGAAUUUUCAUGCUUCUUGUGUGUUUGAGGGGGGGGGGGGGGGGGUCGAGUGUGUUUAGUUCACAUGUAGUGUUGAAAGGGAGACUGGGACAGGUUUGAAAAGAUGAUUAUAAUGUGUCAGAGUUAGGAAUAAAUCACUUUAUAUUGAUUUAUUUGAAACUUUUCUAUUUUAAGUAUAUGUUCUUGUUUGUUUUCUCUGCUGCUAUUUAUCUUUACUUGAAGUCUUGAUUUUACAUUCAUUGCAUUUAUAUGGUAUUGUUAUUGUAUGCAACAAUGAAACACCAUCAAGAGUAGAGCUCUAAAAUGAUGACAGUGAGCUAACAUGACAAACAUGGAAACAUCAAUAUAAAUAUGUACACCAAUAAAAGGAAGUUUUAAAAAAAAAUUGAAUUAAAAAGAAAUUAAAAUGAAAUUAAGCACCAAAUCUUUAUUUCAGGUAACGUAAUGUUCCUAACCAGUCUCUCUUGAUUUUCUUUUAUUAGAGCAGAACUUCCUGUCGAGUGGGGGAUUCUUUUAACCCCCCCCCCCCCCUGGCUAAGGGCCUGACUUAUUGUUUGUACAUAGUAAGCUCUGCUAAGGCAUAUUAUAGUAUAAUUAUUCAAUUAUAGUUUUACUAUACUGUCAUGACUAACCUGAAAUAUUUAUUUUAAUCUAGCAAAAACAGCCUGUUAACUAAUGAUUCUAUUUCCCAUAUUUGACAAUAUGGCCUACAGCAUGUGCUAAGUUGUCUACAAAUCCAUCUGGUUUCACAGUUGGGUGUUUUUCAUCCUCUGGUCUAUAAAAUAUAAAAUGAUUAUUGAAUAUGUUUUAGUGCAAAUUAAAACAAUAAAACUAUUUGUUAGAAAUGUU